CAGUAUCCUCUAGCCAUCUCCCAGUACGGACCCCAGCGGCUGACAAAAAGGACCAGAAGCAUGGAAUAAAUGAGCCCCAAGCCCAAAAGGAGACACAAGAAGGGAAUCUCUAAUCUCGCUAUUGUCUUUACUCCUCGAUCAUUCAGCGCGCUCUCCACUCUUUUUUUUUUCUUUCGCACCUCCCUCUCGUUUCUUUGACUCCUGUUGUCUUUAGCUCCCUUGCAGAUGAGGACCAUCAUGGCGAGAACCCCCCAUGAGUCAUCCUUCUCCUUCUCCAAGAGGCACUUCCAACGGAUUAUCGGAAAGGGAGGUGGGGGUGAGGAGAGGAAGAAUGGAGAUGGGAAGGCAGAGGACGAGUUUCUCGCUUUCUCCAACUCCUCAUCGAAUGGUUGUGAGGAUGAGGCCGUGGGGGCUGCUCCACCGGCUGCAAGGAAAAGGGGGGCUUCCUCUGCUGCCGUAGCCGUCUCGAGGUUCCGGUCGGUGAUAGCAGCGGCAAUUGCCCGGCGGCAUCGGCUGGGGGGCCUUGGUCCCCGUGUCACCGGCACCCUGUUCGGGCACCGCCGGGGCCACGUCCACUUCGCAUUCCAGGUGGACCCCCGGUCGUGCCCGGCGCUGCUCAUCGAGCUCGCGACGCCGACGAGCACGCUCGUGAGGGAGAUGGCAUCGGGGCUGGUGCGAAUUGCCCUCGAGUGCGAGCGGAGGGACGGGAAGGCGGCGGGGAAGCUGCUGGAGGAGCCUCUUUGGCGCGCGUACUGCAACGGGAAGAAGUGCGGCUACGCGGUGCGGCGCGAGUGCGGGCCGGCGGAUUGGAGGGUGCUGCGGGCGGUCGAGCCGGUGUCGAUGGGCGCAGGGGUGCUGCCGGGGGAUGGCGGCUCCAGCUCCGAGGGGGAGAUGAUGUACAUGAGGGCGAGGUUCGAGCGGGUGGUGGGAUCUAAAGACUCCGAGGCCUUCUACAUGAUGAACCCUGAUAACAAUGGCGGCCCUGAGCUCAGUAUCUACUUGCUAAGAGUUUGAUGAUCCAAAUGGAUUCUGAUCCUAUUCUCUCCUUGGCCAUGGAAAAAGAUUUAGGUUCUUUCUGGUAAGCAUGGUACUUUGGGUGGUUGGUUCUGUUUUGCCCUUUUCCUCCUCUUUUUCUUUUUCUUCUUCUUCUUUCCCCGUCCAUUCUGCUGGUAAUAAACUCGUUUGCUUUGGGGACUGUUUUGUUAGAUUUAGUAGAUAAGGUGUUCCAUAGCGGUAUAGUGCUCUACUGGUAAUGCUUAAAACUAGUGGUUGGCUUGAAGGUUUGUCAAAACAAUUGUUGUAACAUCGUAUAAGUUGGGAGUAUAUAUUGUAGUUGGCUAUUUAUGUGUUUA